GCUCACUGCUGGCUUACUCGCUUCAAGCCAACUUGAUUGAAAAGACAGCUCGUUCGAUUAUUUUGUUCGACUUGUGGGUCCGAGUGGUUUCCUACAACGAAAUGGACUCUUCUGUGAUUCUGCCCGUUGAAGCAGAGGGGUUUGUUCAAAGUCUGGAAACUUUCCCUCUCAAGGAAGUCGGCUCUGAGAGGUGGUUCAGACAACACAUGCACAUUGAGAAACUUAACAUGCAGGCCAUACUCAAUGCUUCUGCCACGCACGAUGAGUUUGUCAAGGACCUCCUGGUGUUGUAUGGAAAGAUACCAAUUCUGGUCCAUGAAAUGAUCCUUGUUGAAGUUUGGAAGCACAAAGUAUUCCCCAUUUUGUGUCAGCUGGAGGACUUCAAUCCCAAGAACACGUUUCCUCUCUACAUGGUGAUCCACCAUGAAGCCACGGUCAUAAACCUGCUCGAAACGAUAAUGUAUCACAAGGAUGCGUGUGAGGCGGCUGAUGACUCUGUUCUGGACUUGGUGGAUUACUGCCACCGCAAACUCGCCCUGCUGCUCGGCAAAGCAACCGGGGGAGUGGCGACAACCCCCGACCAGCGGGAGCCGGAAGGGAAGGCGCGCGUGUCCUCGACCGACUCCAUGGAAGAUCUACAGGUGCAGAGCGCCGCAGGGGAAUUUGAAAUCUCCCUGAAGGCCGUCUCUGUGCUGCGCUUCAUCACGGAUCACGCCGAGAGUGUGAGUGUCAUCAACCGCAUGCUGUGCACCCAUAACAUGCCUUGCGUGCUGGUUCAGUUGAUUGACCGCUGUCCUUGGAGUCGCUGUAAAGACGGUGAGGUAGAGAAGUACACGAAUGGCAGAUGGCAGAGGAUUCCUGUUGAGGACCAUUUGAAGAUGACCAAACUCGACGGUCAGGUCUGGAUUUCCCUGUACAAUCUGCUGCUGAAGGAAGACUGCCAACGGAAAUAUGACUUCAACAAUUUCAACAAGAACCAGCUUCUGAAGCUUCGAGGUUUCAUGACAGAGGUGUUGAUUGACCAGCUGCCGAACCUGGUGGAGUUGCAGCGUUUCCUGGCUCGUCUCACGGUUACAGACCCCGCCCCUCCAAAGAAAGAACUCAUUUUGGAACAGAUCCCAGAAAUACGGGACCACAUUGUGAGACAGAAUACCGGGAAGUGGAAGGCGAUAGCAAAGUAUCAGGUCAAAGAAACGUUCAGCCCAUCCGAAAGUGACUUGAAGCUGCAAGCGGAGAGGUUGAACCAAGUGUACAAUUUGGAUGUGAUGGAGAGUUUACUCCCCGAGAAGCCAAAGUGUGGAUCUUGUGGGAAAGAAGCAGCAAAGAGAUGCUCUCAAUGCCAGGGAGAAUGGUACUGUGACAGAGAAUGUCAGGUGAAGCACUGGUCCAAACACAAGAGAGCCUGUCAGCUGACAGUCGACGUCUCAGAGAAGAUCCACAAGGACCUGCAUGUCAACAGUUAACAGACUGGUGAAGCACAUGAAAGGACUGGUGCUGGAUGGGAGAAACAGAUGUGAUAUUUGCAUUCCUAAACAUUUUGGAUUCUUUUUUUUUCUUCUCUUAAUGAGUUCAGUUUUAUGCCCAGCAAGAGAAUUUUGACCAUUCUCUUUUUGUUUUAAAUACUGCUAUUGUGUUUAUGAUCACUUUAUCGACGGAUACGUUUACAUUUGGCAGCAGAAUGUCCCUUCGUUACACACCGGCAACAAAUAAAAUGUUCAAGCAACUCCCACAACUUUGUCUUUUCAAAACAGAUUGUCACGUAUCAAUAGUUUUACCUUGUUGAAGGGAAGAAGUAGCUCCUCUUCUUCUUGCUACUGUAUGUCUGCUUAUGCUCCCACUUCACACACCCUCAUUGUUUGGAUCGAACCUC